AUGGUGCCAACUGCUGUGAUGCUGCUCCUCCUUGUCCUUCGCCUGCAGGCUGCAGUUGCGGGCAAUAUACCGAAUGCUGCCGAGGAGGUCGAUGUGCCGCCCGAACAUCGUGCUGCGCCACCAAUGCCCAUGCAACCGAUGCCUGCCUUUGCCGGCUUUGCACCGCCGCCCGCCUAUCCCUUGUUCUACCAAGCUGCGCUGCUGCCGUUCGGGCGUUACAGCGCCUCCCACUCCAUCGGGCACCCCCAUCGGCAGCUGCUGCUGGUAGUUCCCCCAAAUGCUGCCUAA